GGUUCUUUUAAGAUACAGAAUACAGAAUCCUGUUUGAUUUUUUCCAAUCUAAACACAUGGGGUCCAUGCUUCGAUCUGCUGGAUGCUCCCUGGCUCACGAUUUUCUUCACGAUCAUCUCCAGCCGGGCGCGGGCUCGGGCGGGCUCCGGCGAAAUGGUCGGUGCCUUGUCCGUGGCCAAGGAGCGCCUGCCCGCCUGGGAUCAGGCGGAGGAGCUGGUGGCUUUAGACCGUCUACGCUUCCAGCAUUUGCACCGAGUGAUUUAUGCCCACAGGCAAAGGGUGGAGAAUGCCGAAUCCUACUAUGACGCCUUGGAGACAGAGCGCCAGGCCGAAGUCAUGCACGCGCGUGCCGAGGCCAUGCGGGUCUCCCGGGCCAAGCGGAAGGAGGAGGCUGUUGAUAGCUUGAAGCGUGACAACCAACGCAUGGUGGAGCGCCUUUGUUUGGUGAUGAAGGACUCGGAGAGUCGGCAACAUCAGUUGGCCGCGAAAGUGUCCAAGCCACCGGGCUCAGCUCCGGCAGGUUCCCUGAAUCUGGGUUUCCGCCGGCGAGCUGCUCGGCAGAUCGACCAGGACAACAAGGUUCUGCUUGACCGCCUGAUCAGAAUCGGUCCCACGGUGAGCACGCGUGCGGAGCUGGAGUCGCGAUACCAGGUGUAUUCAACGCUGGUGCACAGGCAUUCCAGGCUUCGGCGGCCCUUGCACAAAGCUGAUGUGUUCAGGAUCCCCCCGCCGCCCAUUCGAGCGCCUCGCAACCUGAAGCGAAAAGCCUUGGAGGCGAGGCCGUCGAAGGGCGCCAAGAGCUCGGGUGGUUCCAAAGAGGAGGAGUCUUCUGUGAAGACAGCAGAGGAAUCCUCUGGGCGGAGGAAGACUUCGACGCCCGAACCGCUCAAGAGCGCCAAACAGGCAGCUCGCACAGAGCUCGAGAAGGUGAACCAGAACGUGUUGCAUAAGAUCAACAGUCAAGGAGAAGUGAGCCAAGGAGCACGAGGGGAUCCGGACGAACAUGAGGAUCCGCGCCAAGUGGAGACUCCUGAACCCCUUCGUGCCCAAAAGGUCGCUCAUGCCGAGCUGGAGCGGAUGGAGGAGCGAGUGCUUCAGAAGAUUCGCAGUGAAGGGAAGAUGCCAGGUGACUCGAAUGAUGAGGACGCGGAAUAUCCUCCCGACUUCGAAGAUGAUGAAGUGGCCAAGGAGAAAGGCAAGGCUCGGCCUGAAGUGGACGAAAGCCAGGAGUAUGAAGAUGACUAUGAGCCUGAAGAGGCUGAAGAUUACAGUGAUGUCUUUGAAGACGAAGCCGAUUCCUCUCGGAUCACCUCGCGCCAGCCCUCUCCCAAAAAGGGUCCGAAGAAGGAGCCGGAGAGGAGUGAGAGUGAGAUGGAGGACGACUUCGAGCCCGAAUCAGAGGAAGGGGAUGCCGAUGAGUAUGAUAACGAGCCCUUUGAGAGGGUUGCUUCCUCUGAGAAAUCUGAGAAACCAUCUGAAGAGCACAACUCCAGUGUUCCUUCCCUUCCAGGAUCUGCACCAUCCAUGCACAAUGAGGCACCAGCACCGAGUCAUUUGACUCAUGUUGCCAGUGAUCCCGUGGAUGAACAGCAUGAGGAUGUGAAUGAACUGACCAACGAGGAGGAUGUGAAUGAGCUGCAUGAGGAUGUGAAGGAGGAAGAGGCCUUACAUGAAGAAGAGAUUCAUGAGGACCCCACCGAGGAGGAUGUUGAGGCGUCAAACGACUACGAGGAGGACUUCGAGGAUCUGCACUCCUUUGCAUCCAACGCGCCCAACGCAUCCAACGUGCCCACCCACACAGCGGCGGAUUCGCCGCCCAGCACGGCGAGUGCGGCCAGUGGGGGUGCAGCGGGUGGCGUUGCUCAGCCCAAAAGGUGGACUCAAGACUUUGAAGAUGAUGAGGAGGACCUCGAGGAUCCGCCCCUGGACGCGGACAAGGACCGCGUGGACGGCGAGGACCGCGCGGCCGCGGCGGCGCUGGCGGCCGCGGCGCGCGAGCCCGGCGGCGGUUUCGGGAUCCGAGGCGUUGGGCCAACGUCGUUGCUGCCAGAUGGGACCACUCCCUUGAGUCCGAUUUCUGCCAGCUACGACGACGAUGACAACAUCUUCGAGGAUUCGGGCGAGUCGCUGAACUUCAAUGGAUGACGGCAGGAUUCCCGAUGCGCCCGGACAUCCUUCCGCCUGAUGCGGCCUGUGAAUCUGCGGCGCUCCGUCGUGUUCAGCGAAGCUUUUUCGUGCGGGUCAACAGGGAACGGAAACGUGGCCAGGCGGCUGCACAGCACACGGGAAGAAAGGCUUUGGGUUCAUUGGAACGGUUUGACCCACAGCCCAAAAGCAAUUAGUCGAUGAAACCACGAAGUGCUGGACCAAGUUUAAAGCAGUUUCACCCCCAGACCAUUCUCCCUGCUGCGUGCGGGGUUAGAAUGGUAACCUUGAGGCACCGCAUAAAUCGUGUGAGAGCCUCAGCGAACCCAGCAAACAUCCGUUUUUAGCUUUUUCGCAGACUGAAGACAGUCCAGCACAAACGACCA